ACUUAUUAGACAGGCAGAAUAAUGGCCACCUACUUCUCGGGUCCUUCUGUCCUUAAAAGAUUGUCGCCGACUGAAUGACGUUCUCUUUACCCGCUGUCACAGAGGAGUUAGGAAUUUUAGGUCCCCCAUCCAUCGCUAAUCGACAAUGGCCGAGGAAGGCAUCGCUGCUGGAGGUGUGAUGGAUGUCAACACCGCUCUCCCCGAGGUGCUCAAGACCGCCCUCAUCCAUGACGGCCUGGCUCGUGGUAUCCGCGAGGCUGCCAAGGCGCUGGACAAGCGCCAGGCCCACCUCUGCGUUCUUGCUGCCAACUGUGACGAGCCCAUGUACGUCAAGCUGGUGGAAGCCCUCUGUGCCGAGCAUCAGAUUAACCUCAUCAAGGUAUGGGGGGAAAUAGGAGCGGGAGGUAUGGGGGGGGUGUUGGAGCGGCUGGGGGACAUGGCUUAA